CAGGACAUCAGGCAUGAAGCCAGUGAUUUUCCAUGCAAAGUGGCCAAACAUCCCAGAAACAAAAACAGAAAUAGGUACAGAGAUGUCAGCCCCUUUGAUCACAGUCGAAUUAAGCUAAACCAAGGUGACAAUGACUAUAUCAAUGCUAGUUUGAUAAAAAUGGAAGAGGCCCAAAGGAGCUACAUCCUUACCCAGGGACCUUUGCCAAAUACCUGUGGUCACUUCUGGGAGAUGGUUUGGGAACAGAAAAGCCGUGGUGUUGUCAUGUUGAACAGAGUGAUGGAAAAGGGAUCCGUAAAGUGUGCACAGUACUGGCCACGGAAGGAGGAGAAAGAAAUGUUUUUUGAAGAUACAAACUUGAAACUAACACUGAUAUCUGAAGAUAUAAAGUCAUACUACACAGUACGACAGCUAGAGUUGGAAAACCUUACCACACAGGAAACUAGAGAGAUUCUGCACUUUCAUUAUACUACGUGGCCGGACUUUGGCGUCCCGGAGUCACCUGCCUCGUUCCUCAAUUUCCUGUUCAAAGUGAGAGAGUCUGGCUCACUUAACCCGGAGCACGGACCCGUCGUGGUGCACUGCAGUGCGGGAAUUGGGCGGUCAGGAACUUUUUGUUUGGUUGACACGUGUCUCCUGCUGAUGGACAAACGGAAAGAUCCUUCUUCUGUGGAUGUUAAACAAGUUCUCCUAGAAAUGAGGAAGUACAGAAUGGGACUUAUACAGACGGCAGAUCAGCUGCGUUUCUCCUACUUAGCUGUCGUUGAAGGGGCAAAAUUCAUUAUGGGAGAUGCCUCAGUGCAGGAACAGUGGAAAGAGCUCUCCAACGAAGACCUGGACCCGCCGCCUGAGCACACCCCCCCACCUCCCAGACCGCCAAAGCGAACCUCAGAAAUGCACAACGGAAAGAUGCAUGAGCACGCAGAGUUCUUUCCUAAACACCAGGUGGUAGAGGAAGAGAUCAGAUGUUCGGUCAGCACUGCGGAGGAGGCGAUUCCAGAUGGCAGAGCCCAUUCAUCUCUCCCGCUGAUGACAGACAGCGCUAGUCAAGACACUGAAAUCCGGAGGAGAACCGUCGGUGAAAAUCCACGCCUCUCGCCGCACAAAGAGGAGCCGGUGAAGUCGGAGAACUCGGAAGAGGAUGAGGAGAACGUGAUGACAACCUGGAAGCCAUUUCUGGUGAACGUGUGCAUGUUCACGUUCCUGACGGCAGGAGCUUAUCUCUGUUACAGGGUGUGUUUCCACUGACCCACGUGCCAGCAAGCUCGACCCUGCAGCCAACGCCAGCGCCGCGGUGGGUUUGUAGGGGAGGCAGCUGGUGGUGGCACGGGAGCCCUGCCUCAGGGGAGGCAGGUCUUAGGUUGAAAGGCCAGAACUCUGGUUAGGGCUUACCGAGAGAAUUGAUGCACUAGGGUUUUAUCGAGCCCUGUGGUCCCAAGAACAUAAUAUUCUAAUCUCAGGGCCUUAAAAUAUUCAGGAGUAAGCAGAGAAAAUGCCAAAUAGUCUGUUUUCCUUUUUCUCUCUUUUUUUUUUUUUUAUUUUUAAACUAAAUAAUGGAAUUACAACACAUUGUUGUUUUUAGCCUUUUUUAAAAAGCCAGUUCUUUUUUUCUUUUGUUUUUCAGAAAAACUAGGGACAAGUGAAACUUGCUUGUACUCUCCAAGUGUUGUAACCAAAUACAUGACUUACAUCGAUGAGUUUCCAAAAAAAGCAAAAGAAACCCACGUACCUGGAGAAUGUAGAUGUCUGGGAGGGGG